GGAAUCGGCACCACUGCGGACUUCCCCAUGUCAACCUAACAACACCCAAGUGACCCAACAUUUCCACACUCCGCACCAUACCUACCGCGCUUGCCUUUCAGGAUCGCGGGUCUGGUAUACUUACACAAUUACCAUGCCCGAACACGGCGACAUGCCCGAAUGGAACCCGUCGGCCCGCGCCGAGACGCCCACCCCUCCCCAACCCAUUGAGUGGAAUUCUCAAGAUGUCGAUGAAGUAAAACGCAAGCUCAUCACGGCCAACCACAUCCUCCACCACCAUGGAGUCGUCGACGGCUACGGUCACAUCAGUGUGCGCCAUCCCAGCCACCCCGACAAGUACCUUAUGUCCGGCUACCUCGCCCCGGCGCUUGUCUCGUCGCCGGAUGACCUCAUCGAAUACUGGAUCAAUGAUUCGUCACCGGUAUCGCCACAUGCCAAAAAGGGCUAUUCGGAGCGCUUCAUUCACGGCAUCAUGUACGCCAUGUACCCCAAAGUGAAUUGCGUAAUCCACAGCCAUGCCGAGGCUGUGCUGCCCUAUGCCACGAGUGGUGUCCCGCUGAUGCCCGUCAUUCAUAUGGCCGGGUUCCUUGGAAACAAUGUUCCCGUCUUUGAUAUAGGGGAUUCAUACUCGAGCUCUUGCCCCGACGAACAGCAGGACCUCCUCGUCCGGACUGCGAAGCUCGGCAUUCACCUCGCAGAGAAGUUUGUCAAAACUCCUAGGGACCCUAGUUUCGAAUCCCACUUUCCACCAGACCCUGACUACUCGGUCGUCCUCAUGCGACGACACGGCUACACAACGCAUGGGAGAGACAUCGAGACGGCCGUGUACCGAGCCAUCUACACAAAGAUCAAUGCCACCGCGCAGACCAAUUCCAUGAUUCUCCGGGGGGCGCUGCCUCCUGGGGUGAAAGCCAAGUUUGAAUUAGAGUUUCUGACCGACGAAAUGUGCAGAGGCUGCUCCAGAAUGAAUGAAGGUACGCACGACAAGCCGUGGAAGCUGUGGGUGGCCGAGGUAGAGAACUCAUCGUUGUAUACCAAUCGUGGAUGAGUCGAAGCAAACAUGGACUGCCAUAGGUAGAUCAGAUAGAUACCUACUAGUAGGCUCCUGGAAAAGUCACUUAACGUAGGACUCCAU